CUGAAGAGACUGCUUUUGCUUCAAGAGGCUUAAUGUUUGGCAGUUAAUUAACACAAUUCCAGUGUAGGCGUCCAAGAUGAGAUUCCAGAUGGAGAAAACCACACAGAGAGAUUAGAGGGAGCUUAUUAGAUGCCUUUGCUACCUAGGACCAUCCUAGCAACCUCAGGGUUGGGAGCCAUCACCCUGAACCAAUAACCAAAAUGUUUUGACGCACUGGAGUUAAUGUUUAACCCACAGCUUGGGUAGUAUUCUGGAAAGCAGAAACCUGUUGUGUUCAACCCCCACCCCCACCCCUUGGAGCCGCAAAGCAGGAGGUCACCCAACUUUCCAUCCAGCUUAGGACCAUAGGCUAUGGGAAGAAAAGAGCGAUCAUUUAAAAGCUUGGCCUGUUGUCAUUGGGAAUCACUGGAGCUAGAACCAGGUCUCAAAGAGCUCUGGGAGCAGCUGCCUGAUGUGGUGAGUGACCAUACCUUGCAAUAUUUUCUAAGGCAGCAUAAGAAUCCUCAGACUCUGGACUGGACCUCCCAGCUCCCAGCUUGCCGUUAGCCCCUCCUAGGCAGAAACAGCGGUACAGGUCUUUGUGUUUAGACUGAGAUUUUGCCAGAGCAACAACUGACUUCCUAGCUCUGACUCCUGCCUUCGACUCUUGGCUUUGCCUUGAUGGCUCCUGCUCCCCUCUGAUCGAUUCCUGAUUGAUUUAGCCUGACCCUCACCAUGAUUAAGCACCAGAGCUGCCUCAACCGCACCACUCACAUUUGGACCAGUCACCUGGUGCUUUCCUUGGGUGCUCCUCAGCUGACCAUCUCCUUAAUCUCUGUGUUCUUCAACUCUGCUGUCAUCAUUGCCGUGGUGCACUCCAAAGAAUUGCACAAGCCCAUCUUCAUCCUUUUCUGCAACAUGGCCUUCUCUGACCUCUUCACUAGCUCUUCAGGCUUCUGGAUCGCCCUGUUGUUCAUCACCAACCCUCAAAGUACCAUCAGUGGGUCCAAGGAACUCCUCACAGCGUAUGCCUUCCACGCCAUGUCAAUCCUGGCCACCAUCUACAACUUAGUCCUCAUUGGGAUUGAGCGUUACUUGGCUGUGGCGGAAUGCCUGAGGAGAAGAUGGCGCCUUGGCAGGAACCAGAUCCUGGUCAUGGUGCUGGGUGUCUGGGGGCUUGGCUUCUUUUUGGGCUUCCUGCCCCUGAUGGGCUGGAAUUGCUUGGAUAGAGACAAUGCCUCUGCCCUUUACAGCCCUCUGUGUAUCGACUACCUUAUUUUCAUCACUAUCCCUCACUGUGCGGUGGUUUUGGUCCUCCCUUUCUUCACCUACUGCAACAUCAUUGGGUUUUUGAGGAAACACAAGAUGGCAAUGGGUGCCUUGGGGCAAACCCAUGCCACCUACAGGCUGGCCGAGAUCCAAGUAGCCCGGACAAGUAUAUUCAUCUGGCUGCUGGCUGUGCUGUCUUACACACCCUUCUUUGCUGGCGUUGUCCUGGAUAUAACCACUCAGCAGUGCCCCAACGAUUUCUCCAUGAGUGUCUACGUCUUCCGAAACCUUACUGCCAUCAUGAUCACCAUGAAUUCGUUGGGGAACCCCAUCAUCUACACCCUGAAAGUGAAAACUUUGUGGCACAGACUCAGGUUUUUGAAGUCCCCUUCCAGCAACCGCAUAGAAGUGCAGGCCAUUGGGAAAAUGUGACCCUGCUCGGACACUGACCAAAGUGAAUCCAGUCUUGUGCGUUUUCACCCAAACGUCUUUAAAUGUCCGCACUGAGCAGUCGCUGAGAGUUCAAUCCUAUGCAUGUCUACUCAGAAGUUCAGUGGGAUACAUUCCCCAAGGACAUGUGUUUAGAAUUGCAGCGUAAAUCUCUUUAUAGGGGGCUACGGGUAGUUGGCAGUUGCAGAGAUCUGAAUUAAUGUUUCAGCUCACCAAAGCGAGCCAGCUUCAGCACUGGACAGUUCUCAAGUACAAGGGAGAGGGGGAUUUAAUUCAUGGGCUCU